CAAACUGUCACAGCUGGACGUGGACAUGAUGUUACUCUGCCUUGUAAAAAUGUGAUACAAGGUCAGCAUAACUGUAUCAGUACUACCUGGAUCUUCAGUGAUUCAAGUAAAACGGCAUCAGUAGAACUCUUUGACUUUGGGCAGAUUAAAGAAGCCAAACCUGAAUCAGACAGACUGAGUCUUUCUGCAAACUGUUCUCUGGUUAUAAAGAAGGUCACAGAUCAGGAUGUUGGUCGUUACACCUGCAGACAGUUCAAAACAACAACAGGAUCACAAGAAGGUCCAGACUUUAACAUUGAUCUGUCUGUUAUUAACAGUGAAGAGUCGGCAACAACAAAAUCAACAACAGUGAAGUUCACCACAAAAACAUCAUCGACAACAAAAUCCACAACAUCAACAAUUAAACCAACCGUGAAAAUAAACACAUGGACAACAAGAGAGGAAUUAAAGAAAUCAGAAGGGACACUGACAACAGCAUCAAAUAUUCCAUCUGGAGUUCCCUCAGCGUUUAUCAUCAUUCCUGUGGGUUUAGUGACACUGUUAAUCAUUGUUGUGGUGAUCAUCAGAUGGAAGAAAAUUAAAGAAAACAAAACACAAUGUGGCAACAACACGGGACUGAGCUUAAACCCUGCAGAUACUCAGUCUGGUCCAGGAUCCAGUCAGGACACGGCUGAUCCUGAUGAUGGUGUUUCCUACGUCUCCAUCAGUUUCACCAAGAAGUCCAAGAAUAACUCCAGGGUAAGAAUUUGAUAUUCAUACAGAUGGUGUUAGUAAUAACUUCA